CGCCUCAUUUUCGUUUUGAUGCAAAAAGUUUUGCAAUUACAAGCAAGAAGCAUACAUUCUAAACAAAGGCGUCGAAUUGAUAAGUUGCAACAUCUGCUGGUCUCAGAAAAAAUUGCUGAAAAACAGUACGAUAAAAUAGAUUUCAUUUUUAACUGUCUCUUAAAUUAAUUUCAACAAAUUUAACCAUGCCCGGAAUUCCUCCAUUGUCAACUGGCGUUUUACCGCGCAUGAUGUCUGGUGAAGAAAUUGAGGGUCCUGUUUUUCAAAUAAUGGGUGCUAAACGUAUAAAUAGCGGCGAUUCAGAACGUGUCCGUCUAUUGGUUUCGGAUGGUACAUAUUUCAAUAGUUAUGCGAUGAUGGCUACCCAGUUAAACACGAAAUAUGCUGACGACCAAUUAAAAGAAUGGACCAUUAUUAGAGUGGACAAAUACAUAACAUCUGUGGUCAAUAAAAAUGAUGCCGGCAAGCGAGUGUUGAUCAUUUUGGAAAUGACUGUUCUUAUGCCCGGCUCCCAAGUGAAGCAUAAAAUUGGUGAACCCGUUAAUUAUCAAGAAGCCAUAUCAAAAGGCGAAGUUUCAGCUGCAGCUCCUUCUCAUAAAACUAUUGAGAAUAAACCUAAACCAAUGUACACUAAUCACAACAACAACAAUCUGGAUUCGACCAUUAAUUCAGGCCUUACACAUCCCAUCGCCAGUCUUAGUCCUUAUCAAAAUAAAUGGGUUAUAAAAGUUCGUGUAACCUGCAAGUCCCCGCUACGUACUUGGAGCAAUGCCAAAGGUGAAGGUAAACUAUUCAGCAUUGAUUUAAUGGAUGAAUCCGGUGAAAUACGUGCGACUGCAUUUCGCGAGCAAUGCGAUAAAUUUUAUGAUAUGAUAGAGGUCGACAAACUCUACUACAUCUCCAAGUGCCAAUUGAAGCCAGCAAAUAAACAGUACUCUACAUUAAAGAACGAUUAUGAAAUGACAUUUACCAGUGACACUGUGGUCCAACCUUGCGAAGAUGAUGAUGAUGGUGGAGUACCUGUUGUUAAAUACGAUUUGGUUCCUAUAUCUCAGGUUGCAAAUAUGGAGCCAAAAGCUGCUGUAGAUAUUGUUGGCGUUUGCAAGGAAGUUGGAGAAUUACAGGCCUUUACCUCACGUACCACCAACAAGGAGUUUAAGAAACGGGAUUUGACUUUGGUAGAUACCAGCGAGGCUGCUGUGACGGUAACCAUAUGGGGCGAUGAAGCUGUUAAUUUUGAUGGACACGUACAACCGGUAGUUUUGGUAAAAGGCGGCCGGAUCAACGAAUUCAAUGGCGGCAAAUCUGUUAGCGUUGGUAAUGGUUCGGUUUUGAAAAUAAAUCCCGACAUACCCGAAGGUCAUAAGCUCCGUGGUUGGUUUGAUAAUGGUGGCGGAGCCAACAUUACCAAUUCCGUUUCAGCCAGAACUGGAGCUGGAGGUGGCUACAGCACUGAAUGGCGUACAUUCUACGAAGCCCGUAAUUUGGGCACAGGAGAUAAAGCGGAUUAUUUCCAAACUAAAGCUGUUGUACAUUUGAUUAAAAGCAAUAACGCCUACUACAAAGCUUGCCCACAACCAGACUGUAAUAAGAAGGUCAUCGAUGAACAAAACGGUCAUUAUCGCUGUGAAAGAUGUAAUGCCGAUUUUACCAAUUUUAAAUAUCGUCUCCUGGUCAAUAUGAGUAUUGGUGACUGGACUUCCAAUCGCUGGGUUACCUGUUUCAGUGAUAUGGGCGAACAGCUGUUGGGUCGUAGUGCCCAAGAAAUUGGAGAAGCCUUGGAAAACAAUCCCACAGAAGCUGAAGAAAUUUUCACUUCAAUAAAUUUCCAUUCAUAUGUUUUCAAACUGCGUUCCAAAGUCGAAACCUAUGGGGACAUGAGUCGCAGUAAGUUGACCGUACAAUCAGCUGCCCCUGUCAACUAUAAAGAAUAUAACAAAUAUUUGAUUGAUAGUCUUAAAGAAAUGACCGGUAUUAAUAAGGCUUAAUUAGAUUACGUUGUAUUUAAGAAUUAUUUUGUUUAUUUGCACAUCAUAGAAUUUAGAUUUUUAUUGUUUACCUUAUUUGUACACGUCGUUUAUAGUAACAUCCAAAAUUUAUACCUAUUGUAAUUAAAAUUAUUUACACCUACUUGGAGGCAACAUGUUUGUGAAUACAUUGAAGCAUUCAUUAAAAUUAUUCCUAUCUUUAAUAUUAAA